AUGUCUCUACGAAAAGGACGACUACAAGAAGAAGACGCCUCACAACUUAAGCUCGGUCCAGAAUUUGAUGCAGCUGGUUGUCUAUCGAUAUCUGAAGUGAAGCUGCUACUUGAGCAGCGUGACAAGCCAGCGGACACGGCCGUUUACAAGAAGACCCAAGAGUUUGUGAAUCAAUUUGCGCGAUUCAGUACAACAGACUCGGCCCAAGCCGCCCGUCAAAUUUUAAGUAAAGACCAGACGUUAAAACCCUUUGAAUUGGCUCAGCUCGCGUCGCUUUGCCCGGAGGAAGCCGAGGAAGCAAAGAGCUUGAUUCCAAGUUUGGCGGCAAAAGAUGAUGACGCAUUACAAGCCAUCUUGAACGAAAUCUCUGGUCUUAAGCGAUAUCAAGGUUGA